UUUCGAUUUGGUUAACGUCGGAAAGCUGUCUAAGAAAGAGAUGGUUCUCUCUUUCUCUCUCUCUCCUGCUCCUUCUCUCUCUAAAAUCAAUAUAUUUAUAUAUAUGCAUAUAGUGUGUAAAUGAGAAGAUUACAAGGAGGAUAGAUAGAUUUCAAAUUGGGUAAAGUAGUACAAUUCAAACAAAGAGAAAACGGGUUCACAAGAACACAAAGAGAAACACACAUAUACACACACACCUUUAAUAUAGUUAGAGAGAGAGAAUAGGAAAGGAGGGAGAUGGAUUUGCUGCUUUCGGCUAAGGGCUAAUGAAAACUGGCCUCGUCCAUGCUGUAUUCGGCAGUUGGUUGUAUUGACUAGAGAGAUUUUACUCACACACAAGAUCUAGUGGGAGAUGCACCCACACCCCAUCUACCCUAUGUGUGUUUAUGAAUAUGUAUCUAUAUAGCUCACCUUCAUCCUAUGAAACCCUAGCUAGGUUUCUUGUUCUUUGUCUUUCUUUUUAGACCUACCCAGAAAAGAAGAAGAAUAAAAAAGAUAACAAUCCCAUUUUAAUCAUUAUAUAUAUCUAACGUCUAGAGAGAGAGAGAGAGAGAGAGAUUAAGAGAGAGAGAGAGAGAGAGAGAGAGAGAGAACACAAGUUUUUAUUAUUAAUUUUUCGUUUUCUUUGUUGGUUUUGGAGGGAGAAAUGUGGGAUCUAAACGGGUUUCCUGAUCGGAGGGGGUGCUCUUCACCAGUAGAAGGGGAUGAAGAGGAUAGUAACAAUACUAAUAAGGGUAAAGGGGUGGGGUCGAUAUCGAAUUCAAGUUCCUCCGCCGUUGUUAUGGAGGAAGAUGGGGGCUCCGAGGAGGAGGAAUCGGAGAGAGGGAGUCCAAGGAAACGAAGCACUACAGGUGAUGGGAGGUUGUUUGGUUUUUCUAUGACGGAAAACUCCUCUUGGGACAGCGAUCCUCCAGUCACACGACAGUUUUUCCCGGUUGAUGAUUCCGAGGUGGGACCCACGACCUCCGGCGGAGUUGGUGAAGGGUUGAUCUCACCGGCUACAACUUUCCCGACUGCUCACUGGUUUGGAGUUAAAUUCUGCCACCAGUCAUCCGAUCCUUUAGAUGGUGUCGCCGCCACAGCAGAUGGGUUCCUCGGAAAAACUACCCCCGCCGUUGUUCCUCAGCCGCUGAAGAAAAGCCGCCGUGGGCCGCGGUCUAGAAGUUCUCAGUACCGUGGAGUCACCUUUUACCGGCGAACCGGCCGAUGGGAAUCACAUAUAUGGGAUUGUGGAAAACAAGUUUAUCUAGGUGGAUUUGAUACUGCACACGCAGCGGCACGUGCAUAUGAUAGGGCAGCGAUUAAGUUUCGAGGAAUGGAAGCCGAUAUAAACUUUAAUCUUGAAGAUUAUGAAGACGAUGUAAAACAGAUGAGCACUCUAACAAAGGAAGAGUUUGUGCAUGUACUAAGGAGACAAAGUACUGGAUUUCCAAGAGGGAGUUCAAAAUACAGAGGUGUAACUUUGCAUAAAUGUGGUAGAUGGGAAGCUAGAAUGGGCCAAUUUUUAGGCAAAAAGUAUGUGUAUUUGGGUCUGUUUGAUACAGAAGUUGAAGCAGCCAGGGCAUAUGACAAGGCUGCUAUCAAAUGUAAUGGAAAAGCCGCUGUUACCAAUUUUGAUUCAAGUAUAUAUGACAAUGAGCUCAAUUUGACUGAAUGUUCAAACAAUAGCAAUAAAGAUAGCAAUGUAUCAUCGGACCAUAAUCUUGAUUUGAGCCUAGGUGGUGGCUCGGCUUCAAAUACGAUGAAUGAGGGAGGAGAAAAUGGUCAUUUUACAAGGGAUCAUCAUCAUUCUGACACCAUCCAACUUGGGUUUAGACCUAGUGGACGCAAUGAGACAAGGACAUCGCAUUUUAUGGACCAUAGAAAUCUUGAAUCUUUUAAUAUUCCGAAUGAAAUACGUGGAUACAAACAUUUUAUGAGACCCGUUGACUCGUCUAUGCAUAAUAUGUUCGAUCCACCAAUCUUCAACUCAUUGAGUCAUCAAAUGCAGUUUUCCAGCAGCACAAUGCAAGGAGGAAAUAAUUUAUCUGCAGCUUCAAUUGGUGAAAAUAAUAUGAAUGCCAAUGCACCUCCUCUACACCAAAUCUAUGCAAAAAGUGCUGCAGCAUCAUCAGGAUUCCCACAGCAAAGAUUCAAUGUUUGACUACUCCUAACCCCACCACAACCCUCACAGUUGCUGCACAAAAAUGGUUGUAUAUGUUAUCUCUUUCUCAGGAAUCAUCAUCACUACAAACUCCCCAAAGAAAGAAAAGAUUAUAACUUAAGGUUAAUUUUCGUAGUUUUGUGUCUCAAAGUGAAGCAAGCAAAGCAAAUCCUGAUCCUUUUGUUUGUGUGAGCUUGUAAAGAGAUCAAUAUUAUUUUUUUAUGAGAUCUAUCAUGACCAAGAUUCCAACAAUAUCGAUCAAAUUCAUUUUGUUUGGUUA